CGGUGUGUGUGAGGAAAACCCGACAACAAAACUUGUGUUGACGGAGCGGGAGCCUUGAGUUGAAUGGAAGGAGCCAGUGCCCGAGGAGCCCAGCGCAGAGCCCCGGGAGAGUCGUAGCAAGCGGCCGCCGCCGCAGAGGCAAUGGUCCCAAGCAGGACAUUCCUGGUGGUGUUCUGGGCAUGGGCCUGGGGGCCCCACGGUGCUCACGGUCAGACCGACGAAGACAACGAAUUUCUGGAGGAUCCCAUCCUUUUUCUGAGGCCGGAGCCGGGUCAGGGGAGCCUCGAUUGCCCCCGCGAAUGUGUGUGCACACAAGAGGGUGUGGUGGACUGUGGAGGCAUUGACCUCCGGGAGUUCCCUGGGGACCUCCCUGAGUACACCAAUCACCUGUCCUUGCAGAAUAACCAGUUGGAGAAAAUCUACCCUGAUGAGCUUUCUCGACUGCACAGGCUCGAGACCCUCAACCUUCAGAAUAACCGGCUGACAUCCCGAGGGCUCCCGGAGGAAGCUUUUAAGCAGCUGACAAACCUGAAUUACCUGUACCUGGCCAACAACAAGCUAACUCUGGCUCCGAGGUUCCUGCCGAGUGCCCUGGUCAGUGCCGACUUUGCUGCCAACUUCCUCACCAAGAUCUACGGGCUCACCUUCGGCCAGAAGCCAAACUUGAGGUCUGUCUACCUUCACAAUAACAAGCUGGCCGAUGCCGGGCUCCCAGACAACAUGUUCAAUGGCUCCCACAACGUGGAGAUCCUCAUCAUGUCCAGCAACUUCCUCAAGUAUGUGCCCAAGAACCUGCCCCGGGCCUUGUACAAGCUGCACCUGAAGAAUAACAAGUUGGAGAAGAUCCCCCCGGGAGCCUUCAGCGAGCUCACCAGCCUUCGGGAACUCUACCUGCAGAAUAAUUACCUAACUAAUGAGGGCAUGGACAACGAGACCUUCUGGAAACUUUCCAGCCUCGAGUACCUCGACCUGUCCAGCAACAACCUGUCUGAGAUCCCCGCAGGGCUGCCCCGGAACAUUGUGCUCCUGCACCUGGAGAAGAACGCCAUCCGCACGGUGGGUCCCGAUGUGCUGACCCAGAUCCGGAAUCUGGAGUACCUGCUGCUCCACAGCAAUAAGCUGAAGGCCAAGGGCAUCCACCCACUGGCCUUCCAGGGCCUGAAGAAGCUUCACACGGUGCACCUGUACAACAACGUCCUGGAGCGCGUGCCCAGUGGGCUCCCCCGCCGGGUCAGGACCCUCAUGAUCCUCCACAACCAGAUCUCCGGCAUUGCGCGCAAUGACUUCGCCACCACCUACUUCCUGGAGGAGCUCAACCUUAGCUACAACAAGAUCACGAGCCCCCACGUCCACCGGGACGCCUUCCGCAAGCUGCGGCUGCUCAAGUCCCUGGACCUGUCCGGAAACCUCCUGCAGACGCUGCCUCUGGGCCUGCCCAAGAACGUGCAGGUGCUCAAGCUGAAGAACAACUACCUGGGGGCCAUCGCCCGAGGGGCCCUGGCGGGCAUGGCCCAGCUGCGGGAGUUGUACCUUACCAACAACGGUCUCAAGAGCCGGGCGCUGACUCCGCGGACCUGGGCCGACCUCACCAGCCUCCAGCUGCUCAACAUGGCCGGGAACCAGCUCACAGAGAUCCCAGAGGGGCUGCCCGAGUCCCUGGAGUACCUCUACCUACAGAACAACAAGAUUAGCACCGUGUCUGAAAAUGCCUUUGAGUCGACCCCCAAUCUCAAGGGGAUCUUUCUCAGGUUUAACAAGCUGGCUGUGGGGGCCGUGAGGGAAAGUACCUUCAAAAGGUUGAUGCACCUGCAGGUGCUGGACAUUGAGGGUAACUUUGAGCUUGGUGAGGGGUCCAAGAACCGUGGGCGCCAAGAAGAAGAGGAAGAAGAAGAGGAGGAAGGCGAGGAAGAAGAGGAGGAAGAGGAGGAGGAAAUGAGAUAGCCACAUGAGCUGGACUGGCCCAGGACAUCGGAUGGAAAGUGAUGCCUCUCUCUAUUUAUACCAGACACACAGGUCAUAGCCCUACCUACCCACACAGUCAGCCUCUCCAUCUCUCUGUGUAUCUCUGUCUCUCUUCUGCCUCUCUUUGUCUCUCUGUCUCUCUCUGCCUGUCUCUAUCUGUAUCUCUAUGUCUCUCUCUCUUUGUCUCUAUGUCUCUGUCUCUCUGUCUCUGUUUCUGUCUCUGUCUCUAUGUCUCUCUGUCUCUGUCUCUCUCACUCGUACACAAAAUCAUAGCUACGCUUAAGCAGUCAUCCUCCAUCCCACCCCAGCCCCCCAGCCACAUGUGCAAUCACAUGUAGAGUCUCACACGUCAGCAUCCAGUCACCCACAAGCCCAGAUAGACAGACAUUCAGAACUAGCUCCACACAUGAAGAGAGCAAUGUGGCCCUUCCAUCUCCAGCCAUUUCCAGACCCCAAUGGAAAAAGGCUCAGGAUCUCCCAAUCUCCAUGGCCUCACACUCCACAAAAGCUGGCUUUUGUUCCUUCCCCUCCCUGUGAGCAGGAACCUCCUGGGAAGGUUCUUCACCAUUCUCCUCCCUCUCCUUGCCCCCUCCCACCACCUCAAGAACCCUGGGCCAGCCAAGUGUGGGCUGGGUGCCAACAUCUUCACCCUUUAUCUAACCUGCCUUCUCUCCCAAAGUGACAAGUGUGCCCCUGAACUCGAGGCUUCAGAGGAUGUAGAGCCCAGUAGGGAGGCCCCAUGACUUGUCCAAGGUCAUACCUCUAAUUCAGUGUUCUUUACAGAGCCCAGGGCCAUUUUCAGUGCCUGAAGAUUUCUUCAGCCUCUGAGAAAACCUCCGGGGCUCUGCCGGGCCUUUGACCAGACAGUGGCUGAAGGCAUCUUGU